AUGGCCGCGGCCAUCGCCAGCUCCCUGAUCCGACAGAGGCGUCAGGCGCGCGAGGCGAACUGUGACAAGGUCGUGACCAGCAAGAGACGCUCGAGUCCCAGUAAAGAGCCGAAGAGCAAAGAGUCUCCGUGCGACAGGAACAUCUUCAGCGUCUUCAGCAAAGUUCGCUUCUGCAGUGGAAAGAAAAGACCUGUUCGCCGAAAACCAGAGCCGCAGCUGAAGGGCAUCGUGACGCGUCUCUUCAGCGAGCAGGGCUUCUAUCUGCAGAUGGCGCCUGACGGACACAUCGGGGGCAACAAGGACGAGAACAGCGACUACACUCUGUUUAACCUGAUCCCCGUGGGCCUGAGGGUGGUGGCCAUGCAGGGUGUGAAGGCCGGACUCUACAUGGGCAUGAACGCAGACGGGUUCCUCUACACUUCAGAUGUGUUCACAGCAGAGUGUAAGUUCAAGGAGUCCGUGUUUGAGAACUACUACGUCAUCUACUCCUCCACGCUGUACCGGCAGCACGAGUCGGGCCGGGCCUGGUUCCUCGGCCUCAACAAGGACGGCCUCAUCAUGAAGGGAAACCGGGUGAAGAAAACCAAACCCUGCUCGCACUUCGUCCCACGACCCAUCGAAGUGUGCAUGUACAAGGAGCCGUCGCUGCACGACCUGGACGAGAAGCUGCUGAAAACCUCCCGGAGCCCGACCAUGAACCUGGAGCAGCAGGAGCAGCCGCAGGACGACGUCACAGAGCAGGACGGCUCAUAG